CUUCCUAAGAGGUAUAUAAGGUCAGCUGCCCUGUCCGGCAGGUGCUCUGCAGAGAACACUCUUCCUCCUACAGCUCUGCUCCUCACACAGACCCAAGGAAAACAGACCAAUAAUCUAGGGGAAAACUCUCCACAAUGCCACAAAAUGUUAUUCUACAAGGACCGGCACCCUGGGGAUUCAGGCUCUCAGGAGGAAUAGAUUUUAACCAACCCUUAAUCAUAACCAGGAUUACACCUGGAAGCAAGGCUUCAGCUGCCAACCUGAGCCCUGGUGAUGUUAUAGUAGCUAUUGAUGGUCUAAGCACAGAGAAUAUGACACAUAAUGAUGCCCAGGAGAGAAUUAAAGCAGCUGCACAUCAGCUUUGUUUGAAAAUAGAGAGGACAGGAACUAAAUUAUGGUCCCCACAAGUUUCAGAAGAUGGCAAAGCACAUCCCUACAAGAUAAAUUUGGAAGCUGAACCACAGGAUGUGAACUACUUUGAACACAAGCAUAAUAUUCGGCCCAAACCUUUCAUAGUCUCAGGCCGAAGCAGCGGAUGCAGCACUCCUUCGGGGAUUGACUGUGGCAGUGGACGCAGUACCCCUUCUUCAAUUAGCACGGUUAGCUCUAUCUGCCCUACUGAGCUGAAAGCAGUGUCUAAGAUGGCCCCAAACAUUCCCUUGGAAAUGGAGCUUCCUGGUGUCAAGAUUGUACAUGCACAGUUUAACACACCUAUGCAGUUGUACUCAGAUGACAAUAUCAUGGAAACACUGCAAGGUCAAGUUUCUACAGCUCUGGGGGAAACACCUGCAAUAAGUGACCCAUCUCCCAACUCACUGCCUCAGUCUGACGUGUACAGGAUGCUGCAUGCCAACCAGGAAGAGCCCAGCCAACCUCGCCAAUCUGGCUCCUUUAAGGUGCUCCAGAACUUAGUCUCCGAGGAAGGUGAUGGACGCCCUGUGGGUACAAGAAGUGUGAAAGCACCUGUAACAAAGUCCCCUAGUGCCAUGCCUGGUGUCCAGAAAGUGCCACUGUGUGACAAAUGUGGGAAUGGGAUUCUAGGAACAGUGGUGAAGGCACGUGACAAAUACCGGCACCCAGAAUGUUUUGUGUGCUCCGAUUGCAAUCUCAACCUGAAACAAAAAGGCUACUUCUUUGUGGAGGGCCAAUUAUACUGUGAAGCUCAUGCACGAGCUCGCAUGAGGCCACCAGAGGGAUAUGAAGCAGUUACUGUUUACCCAAAAUGCUAGUCUUACCAUAACACACAAGUAUAUGCAUGCACAUGAAAAGCCAUGAAGAGCUUAGAACUGCAGUACAAUUGUCAGGACUUCUGCCUGAUUCCAAAAUAGCAGCUUUUAAACCUUUAUUUGUUGGAUUCUGAGUGAGGUGGAAGUCCUCGUUAGGCAGCAGUAGUAUAUUAUACCAGUAAAAUUCUGUUAAAAUACUGUCUUUGAACUUGCCAAUACAACUCAUUGAAAUAUAAACUAAAACAGCUGUACUGGAAUAAAAAAGUGAACCAGUGAGGUAUUACAUGUUUACUACAACAUACAACUACAUGCUGUAAUCAAUUUUUAACUUAAUUUAAGCAUCUGUGCCAACACUGAAGCCAUCAAAGUGUUACAGGCUGGGCCCUGACAAGUGUAGGAACUGAUGGGUGAUUAGAAAAGCAGCUAUUUUACAUGGAUAAUACAAAACAAGCAGUUGUUCAUGUGUGCUUCCACCAUUUAUUACUCAGCUACCAUUAAUGUAUGCCAAAAAUAGGUUUUGCUUACUUUGCUUUGAAUUUGAGGUUAUAUUGACUUAAUUUUCUGAUACAGCCGCUAUGAUAAGGAAUACAUUAUGUCAUACAAUAAAAUGGCUCGUAUACUGAAGACAGUUUAGUAUGAAGUAAAACAGAACUUCUACGCUGUUUUAAUGAUUUGCAAUGGUAUCAGCUUUCACAUCACUUAGCAGAAAAUUGUGCUGAGGCUUGCACACACAUACAUUGAUUUUUUUGGACAAAAAAAACCAAACAACAAACCACAGUCUAAUAGGAAUUCACUGCAAACUGAAAGGAAAAGUAAAUUUAAAAACUUUUCUGAUAAAAAUGGUACUGUUUUUUUUGCGACUGCAUCUUUCCACAUCCAUAAUAGAAGCAAUUGUGAAAUAUGACCAUAAUACCUUAAGUGCUGCUAAAUUAAAACUUGACAACUUUAAAAAGACACAUUAAUUAAAAUAUGCAAAUGCAAAAACUUUUCUAAAAAGCCUGGUAAAAUCCUAAGGAAAAAAAAUGAAAUAAUAUAGUUUUCAAAGCAAUUUCUGACAGUUUUUAAGGGCUAUAUUGUUUUCAGGUAGGUGCCAGCUACACAUACACAUCUGACCAAAAAACUGAACCUUAGGAUUUUAAAAAAACAUCAAUAUAACUCAUAAAUGAUUUAUUGGGGUAUUUUGAACCUGCUUUAAAGUAGAAAAAUCUAAAACGUUUUAUAUCAAGUCUACAAGACUAGCAGAAAUUAACAACUCAGUGCCAAAUUAUCUCAUAUGCUUCUUCCAUUCUACAAUAUAAGAAGUUUAAAUUGUAAAAAGAAUAUGGAAUCAAAAUAAGAAGCUGUACAUACUUUAUUUCAAAAAUUCUGAUAAAUCUUGAAGCUUGAAAUACAA